UGUGCAGAGAGUCACGAGAGUUCGAAGUUUAAGGGGGUGGAAGACGGGGAGCACAUGAGGCUGUGCGGAACGAACUGGCUCUUGGAUGCUUCUUGAGGUUACUGACCGACGGGAAGACAUCAGUGAUGCGCCUCGGACAUUCGGUGCAUUUCGCGGCGCGCCUGUGUUUAUGUGUCGACCGUUGACACACGUUGAGUGUCGCUAGCUAGCUCGCAGCUAGAAAAGGGAAGUGCUGCCGCUGGGGCAAAGGGGAGGUGUCCUCGGGAGUUUCGGAGUUAGCCGCGCUGCUAACGCUAGCGGACGAGCGAACGCGGACGUAGCCGCCCCACGUUCACCGCGCUACCCCACACAGCAGCGCGCGCUCGCACAGCAGCGACCGCUGAGGCGUUGUUGUGCACCGCCUUUGUUUUCGGCUCAGGCUGAUGCGGAGCAGCAGAGGAGGUCUUGGCUAUGUAGCUAGUGUGAUAGAUGGACAAUAAUUUAAAAUAAAUCAAAAAAAAAAAAAAAAACCCGCCGAGGUCUGGCUGUGUGUGUGUAUAUAUAAGUCGUCGUGUUCCUGUCGAGGGAAAUGCAGCUCUGCUAGUCGUCGCGCUCCUUCGCCCAGAAAGUAAGCCCGCGGCACGUCGUCGUAAUGCCACGCGCGAGCCGGACCCGGCGGGGAUGAAGAGAUAGGGCGCGCCAGUGGAGUGGACUCAGAGUGGCGAAUCGCACUGUCCAGAUUGAGCGAGCAAGGAAGGAGGAAGAAGGAGAAGCGGCGCGGCUGUGUGGCAAAACUGGACUGAUCCAGAAUGAAGAAGUUCUCACGAAUGCCCAAGUCCGAGAGCGGCGGCGGGCUGGGCGGCGGGUCCGGCUCGGGCUCCGGCUCCGGGAUGACCAGCUACACGGGACGCGUGUUCUCCGUGGGCAGGUACCAGGUCACCGUGGAGGAGCUCAUUGCAGAAGGGGGGUUCUCUGUGGUUUUCCUUGCUCGCACCCACAGUGGAGUUCGAUGUGCUCUGAAGAGGAUGUAUGUGAAUAACGUGCCUGACCUCAAUGUCUGCAAGAGGGAAAUCACAAUCAUGAAAGAGCUUUCUGAUCAUAAAAACAUAGUAAGCUACCUGGAUUCCAUCAUUACUACGGUGGCAGACAGUGUCUGGGAGGUCCUCAUUCUCAUGGAGUACUGCAAAGCUGGUCAGGUGGUUAAACAGAUGAACCAGCGUCUCCACACAGGAUUCAGUGAGGUGGAAGUCCUGGCCAUUUUCUGUGAUACCUGUGAGGCUGUUGCCAGGCUACACCAGUGCAAAACCCCAGUCAUUCAUCGAGACUUAAAGGUGGAGAACAUCCUACUGAAUGACCAGGGACACUAUGUCCUGUGUGACUUUGGGAGUGCCACACACAAAGUGCUGCUUCCGCACAAAGAUGGAGUCACUACAGUAGAAGAUGAAAUCAAAAAGUACACCACGCUGUCAUACCGCGCCCCUGAGAUGGUUAAUCUUUAUGGAGGGAAGGCCAUUACCACUAAGGCAGAUAUUUGGGCACUUGGAUGCUUGUUGUACAAGCUGUGUUUCUUCUCGCUUCCAUUUGGGGAGAGUCAAGUUGCCAUAUGUGAUGGAAACUUUAUUAUUCCAGAUAAUUCCAAAUACUCCUCCAAGUUGCACUGCUUAAUCAGAUACAUGCUUGAGCCCGACUUAGAAAAGAGACCUGACAUUUACCAGGUCUCCUACUUUGCCUUCAAGUUGGCUGGAAAAGAGUGUCCUGUGCCAAACCUCUUUAAUUCUUCCCUGCCCACAUCGCUUCCGGAGCCUCUUACUGCCAGUGAAGUUGCUGCUAAGAAAAGUAUGACUAAAGCCAGGAUAACUGACUCAGUUGGACCAACAGAAACAUCAAUCGCCCCACGACAGAGACCAAAGGCUGCAAACUCUAAUGUUCUGCCCAUUCACAACUCUGUAACUCCUGUGAAAAUGAAUGUUCCUUCUGAAACAGUUAGCAAUGGACAAAAAGGACCAGCUGCUGGGAAUGAGCAGCCAGUUGCACAGACACAGGCCAGUAGUCAACAGCAUCGCAUCCUUCAGCAGAUACAGCCAGGAGACCUGAGGCUUCAACAGUUGCAGCAGCAGCAUCUCCAUCCGCAGCCACCACAACCAAAUCAGCAGCAGCUUCAGUACCUGCAGUACCACCAGGCCCUGCAGAUGCAGCAGCAACAGCAGCACGUGCUCCACCAGCAGAUGAUGAUGCAGCCCAUGUAUCAGCAGCAGGCACAAUAUGCAGCUAUGAUGCACCAGUACCAACAGGCCUUUGCGCAACAGCAGCUGCAGCCGCCACAGCAUCUCAAUCAUCAGCAGGUUCCCUAUCACACUUCCCCCCUGGAGUUCCAGGCUUCCCUUGGGACCUUUAACCCAGCUGGGAUGGGUCACGUGGGACCCGCUGCUGUGGAAACUCCAUUCACUAACACCAGUAGAAACACCCUGUUGAAUACGGAAGUGAUUACCCCUCCUUCACAGAGCAUCAGUAAUCCCCCCGAUAUGUCAGGCUGGAAUCCUUUUGGAGAGGAUAACUUCUCCAAGCUGACGGAAGAGGAGUUGCUGGACAGAGAAUUUGACCUCCUGAGAGCAAAGAAGCCGGUGGGGAGAGCGGCCAGUGUAGACUCCAGUGUAGAGAGACAGCAACCCUCCCUGAAGCCUCUCCAGGAGGACCUUUUUGGCUCUGUGCCCUUUCUGUCCAACCCAGAUGCUUGUGUCAAGACUCCAGAGCAGUUAGUCGAUGAGCCCAUUCUCUCCUUAGAAAACCCACCAACAAAAGAACCCAAACCCAACAAGAGAAGCAGCUCCACUGGACAGCUGGUCUCCAAGGCAGGGGAGGAGUCAGACAGUGACUUUGAAUCUGACCCACCCUCACCCAAGAGUAGUGAUGAGGAUGAGUUAGAUGAGGAUGAGGGCCUGAACAGUGAGCACGGUGAGUUCAAUGAUGAUACUGAGCCUGAGAACCUUGGCCAAAGGCCACUACUCAUGGAUUCUGAUGAGGAGGCUGAAGAAGAUGAAGACAAGCACAGUUCUGAUUCUGACUCUGAUCAAAGGAAGGGCAAAGCGCUGCCAAAAAAUGUGACGGAAGAAAAAUCUGUAGCUGUGGCAAAAGGGUCUACCAGGGGUGAACCUGGAGCUAGUCUCAUCACACCUCCAGAGUCACCUAUUGUCACGGCAAAAGAGCCUACAGAGAAGAACUUUGAUGUCUUUGGAGCAGUGCCUUUCUUUGGCUGCGGAGAAGCCAAAGCUGACAAGGAAAGUGGUGACAUUUUUGCCAGGGCACCUUUCAGACAUGCAAGCCAGGAGCAGGUUAUGGAUGAGUUUGAUGUCUUUACCAAAGCUCCAUUCAACAGAAACUUGUCCAGAACGAACAAGAGCAUAGAUGCUCCUAUAGGGCAGACGCCCCCCAUUUCCCCUGACAGCGUGGAUGUAUUUGGCUGCUCUCCGUUUCAGCCGAGUUAUUCAGUGCCACAUUCUAAGAGCGCAGAGGACAUUUUUGGUCAGGUACCUUUUGAGGAGAUAUCCAGUGCUCAACAGCAAAAGAUGAAACAGAGGAGCCUCCAGAAACUCUCAUCGAGACAGAGACGCACAAAACAGGAGGCUUCCAGUGGCAAUGGCAAGCGUCAUCAUGGAACCCCCACCGGUAGCAGGAAGACCAAUAAGCCCAGUUUCCGCACGCCUGAACGUGUGCGUCGCCAUAAGAAAGUAGGCCGAAGGGAUUCCCAAAGCAGCAAUGAGUUCCUCAGCACCUCUGACUCCAAGGAGAAUAUCAGUGUAUCCAUGGAUGUGAAAGACAAAGGAGCACCUCUGCCAGCUGAGGAGGUCUUGCUGGACCCCUUUGGUGCUAAACCCUUUCAUCCCCAAGAUGCUGGCCGGCAUUCUCACCAUCAUCAAAGUCUUGGUGAGAGCAAGGGAGAUAUGAAUUCCACCAAUGGGAGACCUCGAACGGGUUCUCAACACGGUGCGUUUGGUGACGCAAAUAAAACGGAUGAUUUUGGCGCAGUACCAUUCACAGAACUGGUUGUCCACAGUGGGAUGCAGCAGGCCUCCCAGGUGGAGGUGGACCCCUUUGGAGCUGCACCUUUCCCUUCAAAACAGUGAAUGUCCUGUCUUCCAGCAUACAUACAGCUGUGUAGUGCACAACCCACACAGUUCGCAGUGGAUCCCCAAGGUUGAUAGCUUUACAGUGUGGCAGUAACCUGCGGCAAAAAGAAAUGGGGAUACCUGGUGAUGAUAUCCUAAAACAACUUACUUUUUGGAUGUUAAAUUUUAAUAAAUGGACAUUGAGAUCUGUGGACAAGGGAUUAUCUUUUAUAGAUUCUAUCUGCAUUACUUUUAGCUUAUUUGAUGAAAAGCCUUUUAUGCUGCAUCAUUCUGUGUUCUAAAAAAGGAAAUUAUGAAUUUGAUUUGACAGUAGUGUGACAACUUUUGCACCAUCACUGACUGCUUGAGUUGCUACAAAGCUCAACGUGUAUAUUGUGGCUUCCUAUGUAAUCUACCAAUAAUAUUAAUUUCACACCGCAAAGCCUUAUGGGAGAAGCUCCGCCCUGCUGCACAGUACCUCUGAACCAUUACGCAAAGGCUGACAUUGCUCCUAUAUCUCUAAUGAAUUGUGUGUUAAAGUAGGCCUUUAAAAGUUCACCAACUCAGACUUAAUAUUUUCUAUGUAUAUUUUUUACAUUUAGAGAAUCAGAUCUUGUAUUUAAAUUCCUAAAUGCAUACAGCUGUGGUAAAUUUUCUUUAUUAGAUUUAAAAGGGAUCCCAAUUCAUGUUUUAUUCCUUCUGACAUGUGACUUGUCACCAGUUAUAUUCUAGAAUGCAGUCCUAACUAAAACUGCAAUUGUUUUAUUUUUCAGAAUGUGUUCAGUGAAUACUGACUGGUUUUAAAUUUGCUGUGAUGGUUCCCCCCCAAACAUGAAAUCACAGUAUUCUUACAUACGAAAUGUGAUAGUUCUACAGCAUGGCAGCAAAAACAUAAUAUCCAUGCAGUUGAGGAUUGUGCUGGAUUAUGCUGAUUUGGAAGGGAAAAAAAAACUCUUGUAGAAGCUCUUGUCACAAAGAGAAAUAAGGAUGUGGUAAAGAUGUAUUAGUAAUUGUGCAGUUGAUGUUAGUAUUCUCAAUCUGUGUGUGCAUGCGCAUAUAUGUGUGUGUAUGUGUGUGUGUGUGUAUAUAUAUAUAUAUAUAUAUA